GCCUGCUGGCUGAUUGGGGCUGUGCUUUCACACUGUCUGCCUGCUGGGUCCCACCAGGAGCUGGCAAAGCAUAGGCUCUGCUGGUGAACUCUGCUGCUCUGGCUCUUGCUUAGCACACAGGCAGGCUGGACUGUGUCCUCCUCCCAGCCAAGGCCCUGAGGAUGCUUUACCAGGGCAGAAAUCUUCAGCAGGAGGAAAGCAAUUCCCCUGAAUGGGAACCCAGUCUACGAGCUUCUCCCUUAGUCUUUGGGAUCUACUCUCUGCCUGAUGGCUCUGCUGCAGGCUGGUACCACCUCUCACACAACCAGCAAGAGCUCCUGCUCCGCUCCUGCUCUCUGCAGCCAGUAGGAUGGCAUAUGUGGAUCCUGAACACCCAGCUCUCACCCUUUGCCAGGCCAUCAUCAUCUUCUGCAAAGGAAUGAUAGAAGGGGUGGUGGCUCUCCUCUUCUUCUGGCUGUUCAUCCAAGUCCUGCUCAACAAACAUCAGCAAGUGCAUUUGCAGAUGCUCCUUGGAGUGGGGCUGGCUCUUCUGUGCUUCUGCCUUCUCCUGGGCUGUGCCGUGUGCUGGCGUCGAAAUGAGAGGCGCAACCAGAGCAACAGGAAAGAGCAGGCACCGACCAACACUCUGGUGGAGCUGGGGCCUGCUCUGCCUUCCCAGACCACCACCGUGCCCAUCCAGCAACAGUACGUGGAGCUAGAGGGAGAGGUGCUGGAAUGUGCAGGGAAUGACUCGCUGGGUUCUCCUGGAGCUGGCAGCCCGCCACGGAGCAUGUUGCAUGGGAGGGCCUCUUUACCCAGCAUCCCUUUCUCCCAGAAGCUUGGCCUGUUCUCCAAGACAGAGCCGGGCUGGGAGCGCCGGUCCACCAUCUUUGGGGAGACUGACAAGAGCAGCUUGCUGACUUGUCCUGUUCUGGGAGCCAGCGUCCGCCAGUCAUCCACCAUGCCAGGGAGCAUCUCCAGCGCCAGCCCCAAGCAGUGGCCCCAACUCCACUUCAUCCUGUUCUACUCCCAGCCUGAGGCCACACUCACUGUGACGGUGAUCAGCGUGUCCCACCUGCCCAAGGGCUUUCGAAGCAGCCGGGACUCCUAUGUCAAAGUGUACCUGCUCCCCAAGUUCAUCGAGCCCCAGCGCACAGCUGUGCGCAGGAAGAGCCUCAACCCCGAGUUCCGAGAGCAGUUCCAGUUCGGCCGCUACCACCUGGAGGAGCUGAGGGGCUUCACCCUGCGCUUCGCUGUCUAUGUGAAGGAGUUUCGCAGCUUCAGGGACUCCUUUAUUGGGGAAGUGAUGUUCCCGUGUGCCCACGUUACUUGGAACCCCGAGGCAGCCUCCAGCUACACCCGGGAGCUGUCAACCACCAAAACCAAACUCAAAAAGUGUCUCAGUGCUCAGGACAUGAGCUACGGCGCUGCGUGCUCCCAGUCCUCGUCCCUGGGCCAGCUCUUCAUUGUCCUCCAAUACCAGGCUCUAGCCAAUCGUAUCAAGGUGCUGGUCCGCAAGGCAGAGAAUCUGGGCCGGCUCACCCGCAUGCCAGGGGCACCAGACCACUACGUUGUCAUUCAGUUUUACUGUGAUGGGCGAGUCAUGGACACGAAAGAGACCAAGUCCAUAGCCGGCUACAACCCCGUGUGGAACACGCCCUUCCUCUUCAAUGUCCCUGCAGGAGACAUCCAGGAGCAGCAGCUGUGCCUGGAGUUCACUGUCAUGCAGGCUCGUCUCUAUACGCGCAGCUGCACCCUGGGCCGAGUGCUGAUUGGGCCCCACGCCCCAGAGGCAGGGCUGCUCCACUGGAAGGAGAUGUGCUGCCGAGGGCACGUGGAAUCCGCGCGGUGGCAUGUGAUUCAGCCGAAUGUUUUCAGUCUCUCCCCUUGAAGUUCCCUACGGUCAGUCGGCAGGUGACUCAUUGAAGCUCAUCAGUUGGAGCAGGACAGGGAAGUCAGUGCUGAUGCCUGAGCGGGUGAUUCCCGCUGGCUGCAUGGCUGCGUUGAAGAACUGCAGUCAUGUCAGAAGUGUCGUCUCCUACGUGGUGCAAGUCUGCUCUGUGCUGCCCUGGAUGGCCCUGAGGCCACCAAGAGGGGGAGCAGCAAGGAACUUGAAACAAAGCCAGAGACUUUCCUUGUUAAGUAUCUUAGAUAGAGAGCAUGUGUCUGAAAUUAAAGGGAAAGAGCCUCACCGUCAGCUCCUGGCUGCUGUUGGGACAUUGGCCCAGGGAAGGGAGCACUGGCAGCAGCAGUGAAAGGAGGGCAGGAGAUGGGCACAGGAACAUGAGAUGUGGAAAGGAGCAGAGGGAAGUGGGAGCACGGAAAGGAGAGGAAAGAACAUGGACAGAUGAAAAGAGGAAGCUUCAUGUGUUCCAGACUUGCUCAGGAGGAUUCCAGGCUGGCCUGUCAACAAAGCUAGUUGUCCCCAAUCCCCAAACCAAGACAGUAACCAGUGAUCAAAUUUAAAACAGCCUUGGAGGCCCUGACCCACAUCCAGUCUGAGGAUAACCAGGUGCAACACCAUUGACUUCACUGUAGUUAUGAUGACCACUUACCCCAUGCUUGAUGCUCUUGUGAAGUCAGUAGAAUUACACCUGCUUUGGGCUGGGUGUGGCCCCUGCUGCAUUUUUGUGAAUUCUGCUCAGCAUAACAUGUACGAUCAGUGUUGCAGUCACAGUCCAGUCUGUUCCAGUCCACUCGUAGGGAACAGCCAGAUCACACAUGGAUGAAAUGUCAGCCUUGAUUCCUAGAUCUCUGUGUAAGAAAGCCCAAGCUAGCUGUACUGUGUAGAGCACUGAUCUGUGGGGUCCCUGUGAAGGAGGAACCCAUGUGCCCUAAGCAUGGGCAAGGAAGAGGUCACGGAAGGGCUGGAAGGCCAUUUUCCCUAUCCCCAACUUCCUGCAUAAAAUACCAGAUUCCAUCCCAUUCUCCCACCUCAUUGUUUUAUAAUGGAGUGUCGAACUGUUGCACAUCUCACCUUGGACCUGCCCUGGGAUGCAUCCCUCUGGUGCAUAAUCCUCCCUGCUUUACUUGGGCCUACAGUUCUGGAGUUCAGAGCUGCUGCUGGAGGAACAGGGCUACAAGGUGAAAAAAGGAAGAUUGCAGGGAUGAGGUCCAGCAGGUGGAUCCAGGAGAGCCCAGCUUCCUGUGAUUCUGCUGAUGUCACUGAAUCUUCGGAGGGAUUCCCUUGUUAAGCCAUGGUCCCCCUUCCAGCACAACACUGAGGUAAUGCUGGCAGUGCCGGCUUGGCAUAGAGCAGCCACAGCUUGCUGGCCUGUUACUGCCAAUGCAGUCGUAGUUUUAUGCCUAUUCCAAUGGCCAACCCAUCACCCCAACAUCUCUUCAUUCAGAUCCUCUUAUCAAAUCUGCAACCAUAGCAGUCAGUUACUUAACACAGUCCCCAGUCAAUGAAAAAUACACCCCUCCCCCCAGGGUAAUAGGUAAGGUAAUAGCCUGGAAACUUAUUUUUAAAACACAGCAGCUUUCCAUAGAGGCUAGGUGGUCUCCCAAGAUGCCAGACAGGAAGUGACAUCAUUGGGAAGGCCCCAGGGAGCCAUCACUAUAGUGCAGGGCCCAGGCCUGCAGCCCCACAUCUGGUUGCUGGCUCAGACCUUUGUGUUUUCUAUCCAAACAAAUAAAAGGAAU